UUCAGUGUUCAAUCCAAGGGAUAAGAGAGUUACUGCCGAACGAGAGCAAUUCCCAUUGAAACCUGCAUUUGCUCUGACAAUUCACAUGUCACAGGGAAUGACAUUGGAGAAUGUUAAAAUCGACUGUCGCUCCAUAUUUCAACCUGGACAGUUAUGCGUGGCAAUUUCUAGAGUGAGAAGUGUAGAAGGCUUGCUUUACUUGCUUAAGCCUACAAAAGAAGUAACAGACAUCAGGAAUGGUGCAGGGUGCGAACCACAAGAAGACCUGUCGUGCUGUAGGAAGACGCAAACAUUGAGUAUGGCGUGUGGUGAGCAACAUACACCAAUGGAUGCAUAUCAUCAACCACCAAAUGUACCAACUUAUACUGAAAGGGAUACUGACAAUGAACACAGAAAAACAACAAUUACCAGUUAUACCGCUCCGGAUGAUGAUGAAGAUGAUGAUGAUCAGCUCGAUUGUGAUUUCAAUGAAAUUAUUAGCGCGUUAGUAAAAAGUGAAGAACAAGCACAGACAUAUGAACUAAAUGACUUUAACAUUCAGGAUUUAAAGAAAAUUUAAAAUUUAAACGUCCAGUAACCAACACACAAGUGCAAAUUAAUGGUAUUGUUGACAAAAUUGAUGAUUCAAAUUUGAUAAGGUUUGUUAAGAAAAUUUAUUUAAAACUGAAUUAUAUUGAAAUGGAUUUUACAGUGUCUAAUGACAAGAAGUCCAUACCAGAGAAAUGUUUGGUGCAAUUUUACAAACAGUUGCACAUUUUUUUAACAGGAACAUCAUAUAAAAUGGACUGUUUAAUGCUAUUUAACACUGAAAAAACAUUUGCAAACCAACACAUGGCAGUUUGCCAUGAAAUAGUGGAAAAAAUUCGUAUUGUAUUUCUUGAAAAAAAGGUGGAUAUGUUGUGUCUUUCAAACAACCGAAUGCUUAAGAGAAUUGUUACGGAUACAGACAAAGCACGAGUCCGUUAUGUUGCAGGCUAUUGUGUAUCAAAAUUAAAACAUAAGUAUGUAAAGUCACUGAAGACACACCAGUUUAAAACCUCACAAUCAUCCAAUUCAAUUUACCACAAUAAGAACUGGAAUAAGAACUGCAAAAUUGUGGUCAAAAUUCUCAAAACAAAAUGCUUCAUGGUUAUGUAUAAAGUGCAAAUGAAUGUGUAUGUUUACAAAGCAUGUAUAUGUAUAUUUAUAUACAACACAACACUUUAUGAUACAUGAUGCAUGUAUGAAUAAAAUUAUAUUUUGCAUUCAAAUAUCCAAUUAUGUGUGAUCGUAGUCAA